UUAUGAUGAGACGUAUUCUCCAGUAGUUGAUGCUACAACUUUAAGAUUUUUAAUUGGCAUGUCUGUUUUUGAAAGGCUGCAAAUGCGCCUCAUGGAUGUGGUGACCGCAUAUUUAUACGGUUCACUCGAUACAGACAUAUAUAUGAGAAUUCCUGGAGGCUUUAAAAUACCUGAUGCUUAUAGCUCGAAAUCUCGAGAUUUAUUUUCCAUAAAAUUGCAAAAGUCAUUAUAUGGAUUAAAACAAUCUGGACGCAUGUGGUAUAACCGUCUCAGUGAAUAUUUGAUUAAAGAAGGGUAUAAAAAUGAUCCUAUUAGUCCAUGUGUUUUCAUUCAGCGAUCCGAAUCAGGAUUCGCCAUAAUUGC